UUCAAAAUUAUUAUUUGAUAUCGCAGUAUGAUUUGUGCUGGUUAUCCUGAAGGCGGUAAGGACUCUUGCCAAGGAGAUAGCGGUGGCCCACUCGUCAACUCUAAGGGAGUUCUGCAUGGAAUAGUGUCUUGGGGAAUAGGAUGUGCACGACCCGAAAUCCCAGGAGUAUAUACCCGAGUGGCUUCAAAACCAAUAAGAGAAUUUAUCAAAAUGCACACUGGAAUAUAAGAGUUUUAACUUAUAAUAUUACAAAUAUUUUUUGAUAUUCCUUAAUUUCAAUGAUAUACUAAGACGAGAUGUUUUACAAAAUUUUGAUACUCAACUAACAAAUUAAACCAUAUUACUACUCAAAUAAAUAUCACUAAUAAUCAA